GCGAGCUGUCACACGGGGCAGCGAGUCAAGGACUGCGGAGCAACGCGCCAUGUAUUGUCUGACUCGAAUAACGGGUGUGUUUUGACACUUGAAACGCCUUGAUCGCGGAAAGCAUUCCGAUGGUAUGACAGUCGGUUUUCCUAAGGUAUUUCGUAUACCUUUAUAAUAACAUUAUAGACUGUGUUCUUGUUUGUCCUCUCCUAUCCGGAUAUUUUUCUUUGCAACAAGUGGAAUUUUGGUGCGCAGACCACGAUCCAGCUGUCCCAGUCAUGGAGGAGCAAAAGGAUCAAAAUAGUCGUGAUUCGACUGAGUCUGAGAGCGUCUCGCUGUCACCCAAUAUACCAUCUCCUCCGAUUUUGCCUCACCAGGCAGCGCAGCAAGCCCACAGAACCACGAACUUUUUCAUUGACAAUAUUCUAAGGCCAGACUUCGGUUGCAAGAAAGAUCUUGGGAGUAGGGACCGAGCGCAAACCUCCGGUAGGGAGAACGUUAACCCUAUGGUGAUAAGGCCGUCGCAUAACAGCAGCCUUUGCCAGGAUUCAAACUGUAGUAGUGACAGCACUUCUUCGUCAUCGUCGUCUUCGCCAUCCUCAAAGCAGUCUUCGGCGAAGCUUGUCGAAGGAAAUGGAACUACCACACCAAGGCACGGGGAGAAUACGACGUCGAUAAUGGUGGUUAACGCUAACGGGGGAACUCCGCCGGCUAAAGAAUCGCAACCUUUACUAUGGCCUGCUUGGGUGUACUGCACCAGGUACUCGGACAGACCUUCAUCUGGCCCAAGGACACGAAAAUUGAAAAAGAAGAAAAGCGAGAAGGAAGACAAGCGACCGAGAACCGCUUUCACGGCUGAACAGCUGCAGAGACUUAAAGCCGAGUUUCAGGCCAAUCGGUACAUUACGGAGCAGCGGAGACAGUCGCUGGCCCAGGAACUCAACCUCAACGAGUCGCAAAUAAAAAUCUGGUUCCAAAACAAGAGGGCCAAAAUAAAAAAGGCCACUGGUUAUAAGAACGGCCUUGCUCUUCAGCUCAUGGCUCAAGGACUCUACAACCAUUCCACAACUACAGUUCAAGAUGAAAAAGACGAUAGUGAAUAAAAAUGGCCAGAUUUCUCCCCUACAAUGGCCAUGGACGCUGACCCCGGCAAAAGUGAUUUUCAUAUUUUUUAUGACUGAAAUGAAAAGGAAAAUUCUGCGAAUCGAGGAGACGCUAUUUAAACAAAUUCCUGUUUAUCAUACAGUAUAUGGACAUGCAUCUACAUACGAACACUAUGAAAAAUUUAUAUAUAGCCAAAACUGUAAGAUGUGUAUAUUUAAUUCCAGGUAAGGGAUGUCUAUGUUGCUCCUUACUUGCUAAUAUUUCUAACGUUUAUCUCUUUCCCCAAUGUGGUUGCUCACCGUUCCAGUAGGCCUAAAUGUCAGGCUUGUUAGUUUUUGUGAUAGCCCUGUCUCUUAAAUCCCUUAUCUCACAGUCUUCAAAUGCGUGACUGAACCAACGCUCCAAGCCAAAGAUUUUAAUAUGUUCAGAUUAUGUUGUCUGAAAUAAAAUGAUAGAAUGUGCCUUUGUUUUUUUGUUCUGUUUAUUUUUU